UAGGCUGCGGAGCCUCUGUGUCCGAAAGACCCGGAGUUGCGCUGACAGACACGGCACCGAACAGGUCUCGGAUGUUAACCUUUCUUCUGAGCGGCGGAAAACAUCCCAUCUAGCCAGGUGUGACUCGGAGGCUGUCUCCCUUAGAUUCCAGUACUCCUCUGACAAUCUUUGACUUCAAACCCGGUGAGAUCUGGAGAGAGGACAGAUAUUUUGCAUCCAGCGUGACUCAUCAUCCCGUCCCAGACCACCUAACCAGGAGAGAACCCAACCCUUUGCCCGCCCUCCCCUGCUGCUAGCUAGCACCAGCAUGGCAGACGGUCGACAGCCAGAAGACGGUGCCCCCCAGUGGGACCCAUCAGGGGGGCAGGAGGCCACGGACACCCAUGGAGCCAAUGGCUACUCCUCCUCCGCCUACAGGACCUGCCAGCCCAGCAUGGCCACGGGAUCCUACUCUGCCAGGGAGAAUGGUUUCAACGGGGAGUUAACUGGUGCCCCCGCUAUAACUGCAGAGCAAGUGUCAGCGCGCAUCGUGCAGGAAGUGACGGCAGAGGCAGUGGCGGUACUGAAGGGAGAGCAGGAGACUCAAAGGCUGCCAUCCGUUGAAGACACCACAAAUUUGCCUCCCUCUCCACCCCUCUCACCUGCUGCGGAGCACUUUGGUCCUCUGGAAAAAGAUGUAGGGGAUGAGGAGGAGGCGGGCCCUCUCCGCCGCUUCCAAAAUUCUCGGGAGAGGUGCAAGUUCCUCGCCCCCUCCAUCUCAGUUUCCGUGCCCGAGGACGACCCCUACCACUCCGACGAGGAGUACUAUGACCACCCAUUGUUCAGCCCAGAGUGGACGCACUCGGGUUCUCGCCCCACAGGGCAGGCCGUGGCCUUUAGACAGAUUGAAGAAGAGACCAUGGAGGCUCUUACAGCUGAAUACGAGGAAGAGGUGGAAGAGGAGGAAGAGGAGAGUGCAGAGGCAGCAGAGUCCGAGGAAGCUCUUGAUGAGCAGCAGUGGAGCGGGGAAGAGCCCGAGCUGGACAACCCCCAAGCUGAGCCCUUAGAGCAGGCAGAGGCCAUAGACGAGGCCCAGGAUCUAGACCUGGAGCUGGGCGAAGCAGCUAGUGCUGCUGCAGAAAGCUCUGUGGACAGAGAGGAGGAGGAAGCAGAGGGUGGGGAGAGCCCUGAGACAGCUUUGAAGAUGGACUCAGACAAGCAGGGAAGCGAGAAAAGUGGUUCCAUGAGCCCAGACAGCAUUGGAUCGGAGAAACGCCCAGAGGAAGUUUUUGAGCCCCAGAUGCAAGGGUUUUUUGCUGGUGAACGAGUUGUACCAGAGAGCCCCACCAAGGAUAUGCCAUCAUUUGUUCCUCCGAAUGUUGAAAACAAAGCCAAAGAAUAUGCCAGAUCACUCACACUUCAGCCUACAUAUGGCGAGCCAAUCACAGUGUCGGAGAAACAGCCGUCAGUGGAGGUUGUGGAGAUCAGCAGUAUCGGUGCUCCCCCUGAUGUAUCGUCACUGGGAGACAAAGUUCAAGGAGGAGACUCAACAACGGACGCUAGAGACAGAUCUGGCAUGUCAGCAUAUUUUGAAACAUCAGCCAUUGAGGUUGUUGAGGCUCCCCAAUGUAAGGGCGAAGGUUAUUAUGAACUGAGCAGAUCUGGUGAAGAGAAGAGUACAGUUGAUGCCGGGCCUCAAGAGAUCAGCUACAGCACACUAGCUGAAGCUCAGGAUAAACCCAACACUAAAGAAAGUACAGCAGAAGACACUAGACUGUUCACAGUUCCUGACAGGAGUAGUGAAUGCAGGCUUUCCCCGGGUAAACUGGCCUUGGACCAGAGGAGUUACUCACUUAACAUUACUAUUGGAACAAUGGAUCCGAGUGGCCAAGGAAGACCUAGGAACUUCUCCCCACUAGCCACAGAUAUCAUGUCAUACACUUGUGGAAGUCUAGAUGAGUCAGCAGACUACCUCCCAGUCACUACACCAUCUGUGGAUAAGCCUCCAUCCUUGCCUCCUCUGAUCCUGGAGACUGCGGCCUCCAUCACCUCAGAUUCUUCAUCUCCUCCAAGGACCACUGAACCGGUUUCAAAACCCAGCCCUGAACCGGUUUCGCCAGAAUCACCGCAGCCCCUUCAGAGCACCUAUAAAGAUGGCACAGAGAUGUCGCAAGACUUGCCUGAGAUGCUGGACCUAGCUGGUACCCGUUCCAGACUUGCAUCCGAAAACACCGAACCAGACAUCACCAGGAGAAAGUCAAUUCAAGCUGAUUAUCCAGCCUUCACAGAUGACCCACUGGCUAGCCUAGUUUCAGGGGAACUAAGUCCUAUGUUCAGAAAGAGUGAAAGCCAGCUGGAAGAUAUGGGCUAUUGUGUGUUCAGUGAAUAUUCAGGACCCAUGCCAUCACCUGCAGAUGUGUUGAGCCCCACAAACCUUUCUGCACAGGUCUUUACCCACUCCGUCCUGGAGGCGAAAGUGGCUGAGCAAGCUAUGAAAUUAGCAGUCAGAGACACAUCUGUGGAGGACCACAGCCAGCCAUCAGGAGUUGCUGAUGUCACUGAAGAGAAAGACCAGAGGCAAGUAGAGAGAAACAAUUCUGCUGAAGAAAAGUGCAAGGUUGCAGAUGAACAGUCAAAACAAUCUGUUAGAGUGAUGCCACUAGCUCAGCCAAGUGAGUCCUUUGUGACACCAACGGUCACUGUGACUCUAGAAGAAGGCGGGAGGUCAUUUAGUGACACUGAACGACAAGCAAGUGGCGAAGGCUCAGCAUCAGAAACCGAGAUUGCCGACUAUGAGAGGCAGAUCCGCAAAUUGGAGAUGGAGGACAGGCCUCUCAGUAUGGAGGAGGAAAGAGAACUGCAGGAACUUCGGGAGAAAGUGAAGCUGGUCCAUCAGGAAGCCUAUGAGGAAGUGGAUGCCGAAGAUGUGUACCAGCUGACCGGUGUGGCCAAGGAUCGGAUUGCCAGGCCUGUCAAAACAUCACCUGCUUCGUCUGUGGAGAGCAACAUCGAUGAUGAUAAACUGCUCUCUCCAGUGCUCUCACCUUCAAAGCUUAAACAAAGAGAAGUUUAUGGUUCCCCCAAAAGAACAGUUUCACCAGUGUUAGGAAUUAACAAAGAAAAAGAGGAGUCAGAAAGAAAAUUUAGGGAAGAGCAAGAGAAGGAAGCAGCCGAGAAGAAAAUUAAAGAAGAGGCUGAGAUGAAAAUCAGGGAAGAAGCAGAAAAGAAAGAAAAUGAAAUGAAAGAGAUCGAAGAAAAAGAAAAGAUAGAAAUGGAACUGAAAGAGAAGGAAGAAAAAGAGAAAGAUGCUGAGAUGGACAAAAAGGUUGCAGACAAGCUUGAGGAGAUGGCAAGACAACCAGAGGAAAAGGCGGCCGCGAAACCUGUGGAGAAAGAAGCUGAAAAAUCUGUGGAGGCUGAAAAGGCGCAAGACAAAGAUGAGGAAGAGGUGUUAGGUAAAGUAGGGGCAGGAGUGGUAAAGGAGAUCCCAGAAACUCGAGCUGCCAUCGAAUCAGUGGUGACAGUUGAAGACGAUUUUAUCACUGUGGUCCAGACCAUUGAUGAAGCAGAAGAGCCGGGACACAGCGUUCGCUUCUCUGGUUCACCUGAGGCUGAAGGGCUUUGUGUCACUGCCCAGAAAGAGGAAGAGGAGGAAGAGGAGGAGUCUGUGGAACUGGCCCAAGAAGCAGACUUGGAGGCUGCAAGUCUAGAGGAGGUGGUAGAUGUUCUUGAGACCCCUGCCUCCCCUGGGAAGGAGGCUCAAACCAUAGACACUGAAGAACCGACAGAGAGCUAUGAUAGAGAUGAAACCACAAUGGACGACUCCAUCCUGGACAGCUCCUGGGUUGACACACAAGAUGAUGAUAAGAGUAUGGCGACAGAGCAGAUUGAGCCUUUGCCCAAAGUCAAAAAGCCUGCUGUGGUCCAGAACAAGCAUACCCAACAAAGGAAGACAGAGAAACAAGAAAAGCCAGUCAAACCCAAGGCCAAGGGAGGGCGGGCUAAGGGCCGAAUCUCCACACCAGAACGCAAGCCUGUCCGCAAAGAACCUGUCUACAUCCCCAGAGAGGAAAUCCAGAACAAAAAAGCUGUGAUAAGGAAGGCCGAGCUUACCAAAUCCCCAUCUAAGAGGAGUGCGAUGAAACCAGCCGUCCGCCAGACCCGCCCCACCCAGCACCACUCCUGUCCUAGAAGGAGACCCACAGAGGCGCUACCAGACAGUCGUCAGCCUUUAAGUGUUGCCAGAAAGUCUCGCGAUAGAGCAUCGGACGGUGGGUCGUGGAGCCCUGCAAAGAGGUCCUCCGUGCCGCGACAUGCCUCCAUUCUGAGUCGCCGGCCAUACCCAGACCAUGAGGAGAGCUCCACCUCCAUCACCAGCUCCGGCUCCACAGCUCCUCGCAGACCCACAUCGUUUCGCACAGAGAUGAGGGCAGAGCAUAGGACUGGACGGGCCUCUAGCAUGACAGAAUCAGUGCGCUCACGUUCGGCUCGCAGCGGCCACUCCACCCCCCGCACCCCUGGCUCCACAGCCAUCACCCCAGGAACCCCACCCAGCUACUCGUCGUCCUCAAGGACCCCUGGAACCCCACGCUCCCUCAGCUUGAUUUCCCAGGAGAGGAAGGUAGCCGUGGUCCGCACCCCGCCCAAGUCACCUGCAACCACACCCAAACAGCUCCGCAUCAUCAACCAGCCAGUGCCUGACUUCAAGAACAUCAGGUCCAAGAUCGGCUCCAUAGAGAAUAUCAAGUACCAGCCCAAAGGAGGACAGGUUCUCAUCCCCAGUGUUAAGCUGGACUAUAGCCAUGUUCAGUCUAGGUGUGGGUCCUUGGACAGGCGGGGCCACUCGGCAGGAGGUGGAAACGUGAUGAUACAAAACAAGAAGAUUGACUUGAGCCACGUGACCUCCAAGUGUGGCUCUCUAGACAACAUCCAUCAUCGGCCAGGGGGCGGUAACGUGCGUAUAGAGACUGUCAAGUUGGACUUCAAAGACAAAGCCCAAGCCAAGGUGGGUUCCCUGGAUAAUGCUCAGCACACUCCUGGUGGAAGCCAUGUCACAAUUGAGAGCCACAAGCUGAUUUUCCGCGACCAAGUCAAGGCACGAGUGGACCACGGGGCUGACAUCAUUGUGCAGUCGCCAGGCCUGUGCAGCUUGGUGUCCCCCCAGCGCCACCGGGAAAGCGACCUAUCAUCCUCCGGCAGUCUCAACGUGCUGGAGUCACCGCAGUUAGCGACCCUGGCUGAGGAUGUCACUGCAGCUCUGGCCAAACAGGGUUUGUGAACGCUGGUUCUCUGGAUUCCUGAUCUGCACCCCGGACAUCCUCACCAUGAUCCUUCAAACUGUUCUGCCCACUCCUGCCACCCUGAGGCCAACUUCAGCUUAACCACAGCCUCUAAACAUCUCCACUUCAAGAUCCAUCACUCAACUAUAAGUAGAGACUCGAAUUAGGAGCUACUGUACUUUGUUCUUCUUUAUUUUCCAAAAAUGUGCAAGUUCUGAUUCAUUUUGUUGGCCUCUCUCUUUUUGAAUGAUGUUGCAUACAGUAGAAUAGUUCAGUCCGAGCACUGGUCCUAGAUCUAGUGGUACAUACAAAUUGGGGGACCAGGUAUUGGCUUAACUGGUCCUGGAUCAGUGGUUUGAAGAAGCUACAGCCUUUUUUUUCUACAUUAAAUAAGAAGUAAUGUGGCCAGCACACAAUGCAGCACGUGUUCCUGCUCAGUAAACGUGCAUGGACGCCAAACCCCCUAACAAACCAAGCAUCCUUACUGCAAGUCAUUCUUGUCAUCCAAUAUAUAAUAUAUUUAACAAAUAUAUAUAGAAACAUGUAUAAAAAUCAAAGUUCUUUGCCAUCUACAUGUCCUGAAAACAUUUUAAAAGGAAGCGACAAUAUGGCUAUAACAUUACAUGUAAAAUUGCAUUACUGCAAGAACUAGGUCAUGUUAUGACAAGCAUGUAUCGAUUCUAAUAUUAAAAGAGGCUAUUUUGUAAUCGAAAAAAAAAAAAAUGAUUUUAGUAUGUUAUUUCCUCAAUUAUUGGAUAAAGAUUAAACAAGUUCAUGUUUUGUAGUUAUUAGUUGUUUACAGUGUAAUGCUUGGUGGCAAUGUCAGACAGCUGAUUUGGUGUUGCUAAGGAAUGCGUCCCAGUCCUGUUGAAGAGCAUCAUACACUCGUACCUGCUCAGUAGUUCAAUAGAGACGCCUGUUUAAACAUCAGAACCAUAUUCAACACUGGAGGUAAUUCCACAAGCCUACAGCUAAAAGUAUCUUGUCUUUACAGCUGCAGAUGUUGAGCUCGCGUCAAUGAACAGUACAGACAUUCCUCUGCUAACACAGGCUGAUGUUGCACCACAGUGGAUGAAGCUACGAAUGCGGCCAGAGAUUUAACAGAAGAUGCCGCUACUCUGAAAUCUGUCUGUGUGUGCGUUUGGUGCAGAUCCCAUGCCGUUUUACAACAUAUGCUACCGUAUCUGGAUGUUUUGUUGCAAUAUGU